AUGAAGAUCGAAAUCGACUCGUUCUCCGGAUCUAAGAUUUACCCAGGAAGAGGCACCUUGUUCGUGAGAGGUGACUCCAAGGUGUUCAGAUUCCAGUCAUCCAAGUCUGCUUCUUUGUUCCACCAGAGAAAGAACCCAAGAAGAGUUUCUUGGACCGUCUUGUACAGAAGACACCACAAGAAGGGUAUCUCUGAGGAGUCCUCUAAGAAGAGAACCAGAAGAGCUGUCAAGCACCAGAGACCUAUUGUCGGUGCUUCUUUGGAGUUCAUCAAGGAGAGAAGAAACCAGAAGCCAGCUGAGAGAAAGGCCUCCAGAGAGCAGAGAUUGGCCAAGGCCAAGGAGGCUGCCAAGCUCAAGAAGGCUGAGAGAAAGGCUGAGAAGGCUAAGAGCGCUGCUGCCGGUGCCAAGGACUCUGUCUCUAAGCUCCAGCAGAAGGGUGCUUUCCAGAAGGUCCACGCCACCUCCCGUUAA